UUCUUCAUUUAUGAUAGAUGGCCUGUUUCGGAAAGAGAAAGCUCCGUACUGCGAAUACAAUACGUCGGUCAUUACGAGUAAAACAGUUUUACACGGAAAUCUCCGGUACCUCUCUCCUCCCCCUUUCCCGCCUUCCCCCCUCCCCCUCCUCCGUGUUACGAUACGUUGUGAACAGAGCUAUUUUCGUAUCGUCAUUAAAAAUGCUGACGUUGAAUCAUUAUGCGAAAGUUUUAGAGUGGAGACACUAGAUCCGUAAUUUGUCCUCUUUAAAUAUGAAAUCCCGCGGUCUAGCUCGGAGAGAGAGUCCCGUAAAGUGGACCUUACAAAUUAUGGAUCUCCAUCACUGCGGCAAAUUCUUGCAUAUGCCGCGCGACAAUUCACCCCUGUGUGUUUCCUUAUCACCGUUCUCUCGCAAAAACUCGUUAAAUAGCUCGUCUUCUAAAUCCGAAGCCACCGCGGCUACGAAAAAUACACUCGGACUCGAGAAUUUUUUACUUAUAUUACUAUUAUUCAUACGAGUAUGAAUCGCCUUUUUUCUACCCUCGAAAUAUUCAAGGGUACCCAUUCGACGUCGCGAGGCGUGCGAUCGAAUGUGCGCCUGGAAGAGGGAUGCGUUCACGUCGGAGUUAAUCGCCGCGACGUGCAUUCUUAGGAACGGCGGCUCGCCCCCCUUCCCCUCCGCCCCCUCGUAAUUCACCUGCAGGCGACGCCAUUCGCGGCGUUCCCGUCUCUCUCUCUCUCUCUCUCUCUCCCGUUCUCGUCGCUGCAGAAGUCAACUUAGCGGCCGUCCGAAUGUGACGAGUUUAGUUUGUUCGCGCCUACAUCCCCAGGGCGGGGGACAACUUCCGCACCGCCGGGAUCUCGGGAACCUCUGAAGGCAAACGCUAUCAUUUCAGUUACCUCGGCCAACGUCUCGUAUUAUUAGUAACGCGAGCGAAAGUUGCCCGCAGGCAACCGCAGCAGCGGCAGCAGGAGCAGCAGGAGUAGCAACGGCAGCAGCGGUAGCUCCAGCAACGGCAGCAGCGGCAGCGACAGCAACAGCGGUGGCGCAUGCUGCUGCAUAUUUCGCAUGGACACUGCCGCGCGUAAACUCCCCUUGAAUUAUUUCUUCGUGUCGUCUGCAGUCGCAGACGACAGUUGUACCGCACAGGCGCAUACACACCUCCUGAAAUGCCUUUCGAUUAAUUAAUAAAUAAAGCGCGUGCCCACCGGCGGCCGCGUCACCGGAUGCUCCGCGAGAGAUUUGAUCUCGAGAGGAGAGCGGCAGAGCGCCGAUUGGAGUAAUUUCGCCAAUUAGCGAGGUAUCGCCAUCACCGGGAUACUAUCCCCACGUAUCGCAUUUGCUCUUUACGAUUAAGCGCCGCCGCGAUGCCGCCUCUCGCUGCAUCGCGCCUCCGUUUUUCGCUGGCUCCCCGCCGCUGGCUCGCAAAGGUCUGCGUUUUGCAGAGUUCUGAAUAAUCGCAGACAGGCGACCGCGCGAAUAUUACAAAAGAGAGUCUCGCCGCCGGCUAUACUGUGUGUAGUAUCGUUAAUUAUCGCCGGAAAAAAACGCACGAAAACGAAACAGCAAAAUAAAAAAAAAAAAAGGAGGAGAGCGAGAUUGAGAGCCAUACUGUCAUACGGCUUUCGUCUCUGUCUUUGGGCGCAGCUUGAACGAUGGCCGAUUCACGCGGCUUCAAGCCAAUAAACCAGUUGUGGCAGAGCGCGACGGAUCAGGAUUCGGAGUGCCUCUACGAGGAGAUCCCGGGCCUCUCGGGGUCCCAGGAUACGGACCGGCCGCCUGGUGCCGCCGUUGGCAGGCAGGGGGUGGCGGAAGAGGAGGAGGAGGAGGAGGAGGAGGAGGAGGAGGAGGAGGAGGAGAACGUCGGUGGCAGCAGGAGGAGCCUCGAUUUCGGGGUUCAGGUUGGAGAUAGCAUCGGCCUGCGGAGGAGCCGGGAGGAGAUCAUCGGCAGCGGUGGUACCAUCCCCCGUAGCAGGACCAGCGGCGGCGCGAGAUCGCGCAGCGGAUCGGCCGAUCGCCGGCCGUCGGAUCGGUCGCGCCAGCGGGACAUUGUCGUCGCCAGGGUGGAGGAGGAGCAGUAUGCCGUGCGCAGGAGCCACGUGGAGCCCGGUACAGGCGCCGUACUGCCGCCUCCUGCGGCUACCGGCCACAAGCUGACUAGGGAGCGAGCGAGCGCUAGCACCACCGUCGCCCGGUACGUGCACUCGGCCAGCACCAACGCCUCGGCGGCGCACUACCAUCACCAUCAUCACGGCCAGCACGGCCAGUAUCCCCCCGGCGGCAGGACGACCGGCAGGCAGCACCGCCAUCAUCACCCUUGCCGCGGCUCGUUCAGUAAUGAGACGCAGGAAGAGGUACAGGAGGACGAUGAAGCCACUCUACGGGAGUUGCUUGUAAGUCUGCAGAAACAGGUCAGCGUUAUGAGUAUGAACCUGAGUGCCAAGCUGGACGAGCUGCAGCGGGGUGACCGCCAGCUGGAGACCACCGUCGCUCUCUGCGAAAUCCGCACGCAGCUGCAGGAGCUCACGAAGAGCGUAGAGUCUUGUCAGACCGAGGUCAGCGAGGUGAAGCGGGACAUGGUCGCGAUUAAGCAAGAACUAGAUACGGUACAGCAGGUCAAGGAAGAGAUAGAGGAGUUACGAGAAUACGUGGAUCGACUGGAAGAACACUCCCAUCGGCGGAAACUUAGGCUCUUGGAGCAGGGACUGACGCUUUUCCUGUCAUACGCGAUACUAGCUGCCGUAUUGGGAAUGUUGCAGUUUGGAUACAACACUGGAGUGAUUAACGCGCCUGAAGUGAACAUAGAGAAUUUUAUGAAAGAUGUAUACAAGGAUAGGUACGGAGAGGACAUUUCGGAUGAUUCUGUUAAGACAUUAUACUCCGUAGCCGUGAGCAUAUUUGCGAUUGGUGGUAUGGUGGGUGGUUUCAGCGGAGGAGCAAUUGCCAACAGAUUUGGCAGAAAGGGAGGCUUACUGCUAAACAACGUGCUGGGCAUCGUGGGGGCGUGCCUGAUGGGUUUCACGAAGCUCGCUGAGUCGUACGAGAUGCUGUUCUUCGGACGGUUCAUCAUCGGUGUCAAUUGUGGAUUGAACACCUCAUUGGUUCCCAUGUACAUAUCGGAAAUAGCGCCAUUGAACCUGAGAGGCGGCCUAGGCACGGUGAACCAGCUCGCUGUUACGGUGGGCCUCCUGGUCUCCCAGGUGCUGGGCAUCGAGCAAAUCCUUGGCACAAAUGAGGGUUGGCCCGUUCUCUUAGGACUAGCUAUCUGUCCUGCCAUUCUACAGCUACUGCUGCUUCCAGUUUGCCCGGAAUCUCCAAGAUAUUUGCUCAUUACUAAACAGUGGGAGGAAGAGGCUCGAAAAGCUUUGAGAAGGUUGAGAGCCAGUAACCAAGUAGAAGAAGACAUUGAGGAGAUGAGAGCGGAGGAACGGGCUCAACAAGCUGAGUCCACAAUCUCAAUGACAGAGCUUAUAUGCAGCCCGACUCUAAGAGCACCUCUCGUUAUUGGUGUGGUUAUGCAACUUUCGCAACAGCUUUCGGGUAUCAAUGCCGUAUUUUAUUAUUCCACGAAUCUGUUCACUAGUUCUGGUUUAACGGACGAGAGUGCCAAGUUUGCAACCAUUGGCAUAGGUGCCAUCAUGGUUUGUAUGACGCUAGUGUCUAUCCCACUCAUGGAUAGGACAGGAAGGCGUACAUUGCACUUGUAUGGUCUCGGUGGCAUGUUUAUCUUUUCAAUAUUCAUCACAAUUUCGUUUCUCAUAAAGGAGUUCUUCGGCUAUGUGCAGGAAAUGAUCGACUGGAUGUCCUACAUCUCGGUGGUGUCGACCCUCUGCUUCGUCGUGUUCUUCGCCGUGGGGCCCGGAUCUAUACCCUGGAUGAUCACGGCGGAACUGUUCUCGCAAGGCCCUAGACCCGCCGCCAUGUCCAUCGCGGUUCUCGUCAAUUGGCUGGCUAAUUUUUUGGUUGGCAUCGGUUUUCCAAGCAUGAAGAGUAGCCUUGAAAACUACACGUUCCUACCGUUCAGUGCAUUUCUAGCCAUCUUCUGGAUCUUCACCUACAAGAAGGUUCCUGAGACCAAGAAUAAAACAUUCGAAGAGAUUCUAGCUUUAUUCAGGCAUGGUAACGACAGGAGCAGCUUGCGGGACAGCAGACUUUAUGGGAGCAUGCUAAACUGUGUGAAUGCAUUAGAGGGACACAUACCGCCAGCAGAGAGCGCAGCCCUGAUGGUGGCAGAGGAGAAGCCACAUCCUGAUUCAUUUGUGUUUGCAGCUGGAUCCGAGCGCUCUUCCGUCGCUCCCGCUCAGCCGGAGAGACCACCGCCCCCGCUUCCCCCGCCACGCUUUCCGAACAGCGGUGUCUGACAAUGGGAAACAGCUCCUCUUAAUAUCGGUAACCUUGUGAUCAUGAACGCGCCGAUACCGCUGCCGCUGCUGCUCACCACCAGCAGCCUCAGCCUGGAGACGCAGCUCUGCGAGAUCAUCACCGAGAGCAGCAAGGCGUGCGCGGCGUUCCUGCGGCACAGCCUCCGUCGCACGACCAGCCUCGGCUGGACCGCGGGCGAGAACUUCGAGAGGACGGUGAGCGGCGCGAUGUACAAUGAGCACUGAGAAGAGAGGAAUGCCCGUGGGAGCCGGAAGUCGCGGAGGACGAGGAAAGUCCGGCCUCGUGCGAGGAUCGACGACGUUUCGAGCGCGAGACGCGCCGUGAGGCGACACUUCGUCGAGGAAGCGAGAGUCCCUCGUUGGUCGAUCGCGUCUCUCCGCGUCCGUCUGUCUAAUCUCUGGAUUUCAGUUCAAGAGCAUAGGGUCGAUCGGGGUAUAAAUAUUGUUGGGAAAUAUUGUUGCGAAUAUUACGAGAAUAUACCUCAGCAUUGUGUGUAGAGAGUAAAUGAGGCAUCGCGAUAUUUUCUUUAAUGAUAACGUCGUACAUCACGAUGUACGUCACUCUUCUCCAUCUCGUUCCGGGAUGGUUGUUAGAUAUAAAUAAUUAUUUACUCGAUGAUUUCGGGGGGGAAAUGAUUAUCAGGAUCGUCAAAAUCGUCAGGAUCGUCAGGAUCGUCAAAAAGAUAUUCCCGUGUUGCGCUUAACUCCUCGCGACUUACUCCCCGAUCGAGCCUUCAUCUCGACGGUGCUUAGCGACGAUAAAUAAAUUAAUUCGGAAUGUUUUCGAAUAAAAUAAAAUGGCUGCGAGGGAUGCUGAGAUCGGCGCUCGGCUCUGCUUGGCGGGCGAACGCCUCGAGGACGACGGCAGAUGCGAGAUGGUUCUCUUGGUGAGAAAGAGCGGAAGGUCACUAAUCGGUUUCCUCCUAGAGUUGGAAGAAGAUACCGCGCGUACCAUUACACGAGGACGAUAGAUUAAACCGAAAUGUUGCGAAAGUGAUUUGUGCCUAGACGAGUAUGCUUGGGAAAAAAAACGGAAACGUGAUUAAACGAAGGAAACGAGAAUUGCCGCGUCGCGAUCUCACGCACUUACGCGAGUGCACUUCGGGACUUCGUGCGACAUCGAAGAAUAAUCGAAAUCGGCAAGACGCGCACGUCGGGGCACGGCGGGCACGGCGUGAAGGGCGGAAACCACCCCUCCCGUCCCGAUUCGACCCCGUCGUCGCGAGUCCUUCGUCGACGAGCGAGGGCGAACGUGUAUCUAUAUAUAUCUUCACUUUUAUAUCAUUAAUUUUCUAGGACUCAUGUCGGGACUACGUGUCGUUUUUGUAUCACACUGUCUUCUGUACGAUUCGCACCGUGUUGUGUAAUUAAUUAGGCCGUGCGCUGUUACUUCCGCGACGACAACGAGACGACGACGACGACGACGACGAGAUGAGAGGAGAUGAGAUGGGAUAGGCGUAACUUGUGCGCGCGACUGCCAUAAACCAGUGACAACCUUCAAAGAUUUACGAGCUGCCCUCGAGACACUGUGAUAUUUUCUUUUCGUCAUUUCCGGCGCUCGAUCCCGGAAUUAUUGAGAGCGAGUCCUAUGCUGAUUGCCGCAGAGAACGACGGAAGUGUGCGUCGAAUAUUUCGUUUCGUUUCGCGAAGGGAAUAUAGUCACGAUUAAUUUACGACGAGCGAACGACGUGUCUGACGUCUUCGAACGUUUAGGAGGAGAGGAUUCGUUAAAGCAAGAUCCGUUGAAGAGAGAGGAAAAAAAAGUUCAAAGGUGCCUCGCGAAAGCGGAGAGUUAAAAGGGAUCGAAACGGCAUCCCUUUUAAAUCCGUCCCGUCUUCCCGAGUCACGCUUUGAGGGAAGGCCAGCGAUUUUUUUUUCGUUGAAAUCUCCGGAAAACCGAAAGAACAGGAAAAGGAAAUACUUGCCUUUAUAAAUCGCGGUGUGUAACAGCGCGUUAACGAACAAGUAUAGCGACUCUCGUAUCGAAGAUCUCAAAUUGGGCAUCGACCAACUGCAUUAAAUUAAUGUCAAAAGAAACUGCACGGAAUUAGCUUUCGAUUAGCCGCGAUCUCAACGACGUUCGCGAUCACGUCGGACUCAUAUGGUGCCUCUCGACCGCAGUAUAUUCACGAAUCGAUCAUCACUUUAUCGUAUAAAACGCAGAGUUAACACUACAGCAGCACACUUUAACGCUUCGGCCUGGUGGACGUGUCGAUUUCUCAAUUAUCUCACCGAAAAGUUCUUAUAAAAAAAAAAAAAAA